AUGCCGCCCGGGAGAAUGCCAACUUUAUUCCAACUCCUUUCCCAGAUGAACCUUGAAGUCUUCGCCAUCCCAAGUGGAAUGCAACAGGGACACAGUCUUUGCACAGGGAACAGAUAUAGCUGUGGAAAGCAUAAAACACUGAAGAUUCCUUACCCAAUUAGUCAGAAGCAACAAUUCACUUUGGAUUACUGGAAAUUGACCAAGGUUGCCUGCGAGGCUUCCCGCCUGAUCCACUACAGCAAACGGCACACCAUCUCCUCCCUGGAGAUCCAGACCACCGUCCGCCUCCUGUUGCCGGGGAAACUGGCCAAACACGCUGUCUCCGAGGGCACCAAGGCGGUCACUAAAUAUACCAGCUGCAAAUAG